AUCCGCAGUGGGUUUGGGGGCCCCCAGGUAGUUAGGCUGGAGGGUCCUGGUUUGGGGUGCAUUGGGGGUGCGAGGCGGAGUCAGGGUUAUUCCAGUGGUAGGGGUGCACGGGGGAGCCGAUCCGGGUUCGGGGGGCCCCAGGCCAGGUUCGGGGUGUUCCGGGCAGACUGGGGCUGUGUGGGGGUCCCGGUCUGGGCAUGCCUCGGUCGCGCGGAGCUCGGGUCCGCUGCCCGGCACCGCCCGCCGCCGCCUGCGUCUCGGCGUCCCCCUUGGCGGGGCCCCGUCCUGCGUGAGCGGCUCCAGUCCAGCCCGGUGGCCGGAGGCGUCUAGCGGGACCGAGCCGCUGCGGCCCAUGGCGGGGCGAGCCCCAGCGCCCGGCACGGGGAGCGCACGGGGUGCGCCAUGGAGCCCGAGCCAGUGGAGGACUGUGUGCAGAACACACUCUCGGCCCUGUACCCGCCCUUUGCGGCCACAGCACCCACCCUGCUGGGGCAGGUGUUCGAGGUGGUGGAGCGAACGUACCGGGAGGAUGCCCUGCACUACACCAUUGAGUUCCUCAUACCGGCCAAGCACAUCCUGGCACGCAUUCAACAGGAGGCCUGUGCCCAGUACAGCGGGUUUGUGUUCUGUCACGAGGGCUGGCCGCUCUGUCUGCACGAGAAGGUCGUGGUGCAGCUCAGCUCCCUGCCCUGGCAGCAGCUGUGUCCUGGCGACUUCUACCUGCAGGUGGCCCCCUACCUGUCUCAUGCCCCCCGCCUGGUGCUCAAGUGCCUGUCGCCGGACGGGCACAGCGUGCAGGAGCUGCCGGUGCUGCCUGACGCCUACCCCUUCCUCUUCACUGCCGAGUGGCUGAACGGCAUCAACAAAGACCGGCGGGCCGGGCGGCUGGAGCGUUGCCUGCUGGCAGCUGAAGAGCGGGUGCUGCGCCUGCCCUGGACCGAACUCAUCUGCCCACAGUUCGUGCACCAGGGCAGCUUCAUGGUGGGGCGGCGUUGCCUGCCGGGCCCCAGCCCUGAGGUGCUGGGGGCUCGCAGCCCUGGGGAUGGGCGCCACUCAGGCGGGGAGAGCCAGGAGGCGGAGGCUGGGGGCCUGGAGGGGGAGUACGUGCAGCUCCUGGAAAUCAGCCCGCCCCGUCAUGAUGCCCCCCAAACCCCAGUGUCCCCCAGUUCCCAGAGCCGCACCCUUCCCGCCCGCAAGGGCCAGGGCAAAGGCCGCAACCGGCGCCACCGUGCCUGGCUGCACCACAAGUCCAGCCGGGAGGAGACUCUGCCCAGGAACCGGCCCCGCAGGACCUGGGAAGGGGGGCGGCCGGGGGCAGAUCCCGGCCAAGCAGGGCUCCUCCGGGGCUGGGACCUACAGAGGCCAUACGGGGAGACUGGAGGUCCGAGGGUCAGCCAGGGGGAUGGGCAGGAUCGGGGAGGCCCUGCACACAAAGUGGCAGCACAGAGUCGGGGCAAAGGGGGGCGUCUGCCUGGGGAGAGGCAGUGGGGAGGAGACACUGGGGAGAAGGCAGGGGAUCCCAGUCUGGGGGACGAGCAGUGCGGUGGGGACCCUCCGGAGGGGCAGCGGGAAGGGGAUCUCAGCCUCAGGGAGGAGCAGCAUGCUGAGGACCUUGGGGAGGGGCAACAUGUGGAGGAUCCCAGCUUCAAGGUGGAGCAGCGGGGCGGGGACCCUGAGGAGAAGCAGCAGGAUGGGGUCCCUGAGGAGAGGCAGAAAGGAGGGGAUUGCAGCCUCAGGGAGGAACAGCAGAGCAGGGACCCUGGCACCCCAGCCAUCUCUCCCCAGCCCAGCACUGUGGCUGAGGUGCAGGGACUUAGUGAGGGAGGGGGGCAGGCGGCCUGGCCAGCUGCAUGGCCUAGCCCUGGGCAGCAGGCACAGAGCCAGGGCCUUUCAAGGCAGAGCAGCCCCCAGCAUGAGGCUUCCAGUGCUGACCUGAGGUCAGCCAGAGCAGAGCCACCAGGAGCCAGGACUAGCCCCCAGCAAGGGGCCAUUGGGGACUCUGCUGCGGGGCUGCCACACCGGGCUGCCAAGGGCAACCGCAGAAGGAGAAAGUGGGGAGGGAGAGGCUGCCCCACCAAUGUGGAUUGGAAGGAGCCUGGGUCUCCUGGGACAGGGGUGGGGGAUGCCCCGGCUGGCACCAAAGAGGGGGGUAUCCCUGCUGGCACCAGACUCCCUGUUGUCCUCACCCCAGGAGAGGGGGACAUCCCCCCAAACACCAAAAAGGAGGGCAGCUCUUCUGGCACCAGACUGCCCAUUACCUCCACCCCAGGAGAGGGGGGCAUCCCCCCCACCACCAAGGAAGGGGGUGUUCCCCCCAGCAGCACAGAAGGAGGCAGCCCCUCUGGCACUGGACUCCCUGUUGCUCCCACCCCAGGAGAAGGGGGCAUUCCCCCCAGCAGCACAGAGCGGGACAGUCCCUCUGGCACUGGACCCCCUGUUGCUCCCACCCCAGGAGAAGGGGGCAUUCCCCCCAGCAGCACAGAGCGGGACAGCCCCUCUGGCACUGGACCCCCUGUUGCUCCCACCCCAGGAGAAGGGGGCAUUCCCCCCAGCAGCACAGAGCGGGACAGCCCCUCUGGCACUGGACUGCCCGUUGUCCCCACCCCAGGAGAAGGAGGCGUCCCCCCCAGCAGCACAGAGCCAGACAGCCCCUCUGUCACCAGACUCCCCGUUGCCCCCACCUCAGGAGAGGGGGCCAUCCCCCCCAGCCAAGAGGAAGAGACUUGUGCUGACUGCCCUGGGCAGGGGGCCCUCACAGCGGCCCUGGCAGAGGCUGCAGUCCCCACAGGCGCAGAGGAAGAGGCUGCCCCCAGAUCCCUGGAGAGGACGGAGGCCAUUGGUGCUGGCACAGCCCCCUUUGUGAAGAGUGCUUUGCCCCUCACGGGGGGUGCAGGAACCAGCUGCCCCGUGGAAUCCUUGCCCCCCACCUCGGCCCCUGUGGGGCAAGAUGUAGACUGGGAGCUUUUGGGCUCAGGCAUCUUCCAGCUGACAGGCGGAGUAGACCGGAUGGGAAGGGCCUUGCUGACCGUCACCCCCCAGCCCCCAGGGGAGCCAGCCCCAGCCCAGGGGGAGCUGAGCCAGGCCCUGCGAUACCUGCAUUCACUGCUCAGGAAGGAGCAGCAGGAGCUGGGGCUGACGGUGCUGCUGGAUCUGCGGCAAGGGGGGGCUCUGUCCCCCCACCCCCCUGCACUGCUGCCAGCCCUGCAGGAGCUGCAGGAGGUGUCACCAGCUCUUGUGAGUCGCUUGCUGGUGCUGGCCCCACUGGAGGGCCAUGAGGAGCUGCCCCUCAUUCAGGAGGCACUUGUGCUCUCCCCAAGCGACCUGCCCCAGUUCGUGGACCCAGAGCAGCUGCAGCCAACUCUAGGUGGGACCCUGCAGCACUCGCAGACCCAGUGGGUGGAGACGUGCCAGGCGCUGGAGCGGCUCUGCGGGCUUUGCCAGGGCGUGAUCCAGUCAGUGCAAGUGGCCAGUGCCAAGUUGGAGGCAUCAGAAUUGGCCGAGAGCGACGAGGCGCUGUCUGUGCGGAUCUCCGGACACAAGGAUGCCAUGCAGAAGCUGCUGUCAGACCCACGGUUGCUGGAGUUGCAGAGCAGUGGGGGGUCCCUGCUGGCUCAACUGUCCUCAUCAGGGACCUGCAGUGGCCAAGCCACGAGGGCUGCCAGCUUGUAUCAGGAGGUGGACGACGCCAUUCAUAGGCUGGUGCAGCUCAGCAAUCGGUGCCUGGGGCAGCUGGAGCAGGAGAGGAGCCGCCGGCAGAUGACACAGGUGGUGGGCUGGCUGGCUGACCAUGGGGAGCAGGCGCUGGCAGGAUUCACCCCCAUGGGGGUGGGGGAUUCGUUGUUGACCGUGGAGGAGACGCUGGCGAAGUUCGAGGCUUUUCACACCCUUGCCAAGGAAUGGCUGGCCCGGGGGCAUGAGGCUCUGCGUCUGGCUGGUGACGGGGUCCUGGCCCCUGAGGGGCAGCAGCUGGAGAGCUUCGCGCGCAGGCUGGAGAGCUGUGCGCACACCAUGCACAAUGCCCUGCGGCUGCACCGCUUCCUGCAGCAGGCUCAGGACUGGGCCCUGGAGGGUGUCCGGCGCCUGUCGGCCAUUGAGGACGGUGCAGGGCCGGAGGUGGUGCUGGGGUCGCUGGGCCGGUACUGCCAGCAGCAUGGCGAGAUCUCGGACAGCGCCUUCCAGGAGAUGCGUGGGCUGGCAGUGCAGAAUCCCUGGGCGCUGCGGGAGCUGGGGCGCUGCCGGGCCCGCUGCCAGGAGCUGGGGCGCCUCCUGCAGCGGCGGCUGGAGGUGGCAUUGCAGACUGGGCCCCCGCCCCGGCGCCGUGCUGACAGCACCAGCAUCUCCAGCUCACCGCAGCGCACAACGAGGGGCCUGGACACCAGCCUGGGCUCCUCCCGCAGCAUGAGCUGCCUGCUGCCCCCGCCUGGCAGCCUCUCCCCUGGCCUGUGCGAGGUGCCCUCUUGCCACUCACUGGUGUCCCCUAGGGACCCCAUGGAGAACAGCGAUGAAGAGCGGAGCCCCCCUCCCACCAGCACCCCCACCGCUGCCUUCUUCCAGGCACCCACGCUGCCUCUGGGCACACUGCCCCCUUGCCAGCCUCCCCCCAGGGGUCCCCCCAGCACGCAGAGGGCACUGAGCGAGCCCGGCCCCAGCCCUCCCCGCCCCAGUGUCCUCAUCCGCGGGCUGGAAGUGAGCAGCCAGGAGGUGGUGGACCGGACCUGCUCGCCCCGGGAGCACGUGAUGCUGGUCCGCAGCAGUGCCCAGAGGGCCGAGGCGCCCUGGGGGGGCACGCCCAGCACUGAGCGGAAACGCCGCCUGGGUGCCCAGCAGAGGCUGGUGGCAGAGCUGAUUGCCUCGGAGCAGGAGUAUCUGGGCUGCCUGGCUGAGUCGCUGCCCCUGGAGUCGGGAUGCCAGGAGGUUCCCCCUGAGCUGAGACGCGAGUGCAGUGCCUUGGAGGGCACCCGCGACCGGCUGCUGGGCUUCCACCGCGCCUACUUCCUGAAGGAGCUGCAGGGCUGCGCCAGCCACCCACUCCGUGCAGGGGGCUGCUUCCUGCGAUAUGCGGACCAGUUCAGUCUCUAUGCUCUCUACGUGAAGAACUGGCAGAAGCUCCAAGCGGCACUGGCCUCUCAGCAAGCUGCCAACAAGAUGGCACACAGCAGCCUAGAAGGUCCCUGGGAGGACACGGCGCUGGCAAGUGCCCUGCAGAGGCCCCUGGAGCAGCUGGAGCACUAUGGGCACUUUCUGGAGGAGCUGCUGCAGGAGACGGACCCGGAGCAGGCAACAGAGCGCGAGGCCUUGCGGGCAGCGCAGCAGCUGCUGGAGUCCCAGGUGCAGCACGGCAGGAACCUGCUGGCGAUGGAGCAGAUCCGGGGCUGUGAGCUGGAGCUGAAGGCACAGGGGCAGCUGCUGCACCGGGACGAGUUCACCGUGCUGCGCGGGCGCCGCAAGUGCCAUCGGCACGUCUUCCUCUUCGAGCAGCUGCUGCUCUUCAGCAAGCGCAAGGGCACUGAGGGCGGCUUGGACGUCUACGUCUACAAGCAGGCCUACAAGACGGCGGAUAUGGGGCUGACGGAGAACAUCGGGGAGAGUGGGCUGCGAUUCGAGCUCUGGUUCCGGCGUCGCAAGCUGCGUGAGGCCUACACGCUGCAGGCCUCCUCACCCGAGGUGAAGCACAAGUGGACCAGUGCCGUGGCUCAGCUGCUGUGGAGGCAGGCCACGCUCAGCAAGGAACUGCGCACCCAGGAGAUGGUCUCCAUGGGCAUCGGGGACAAGCCCUUUGUCAGCAUCCAGAGCCCCAGCCAGGCCCUGCUGAGCAGCCUGCUCACAGGCAGAGCCGCCCGCACCCGUGCCUCUGUGGCUGUCUCUUCCUUCAGCCCCUGGGCCGGGGCCCCAUGCUCCCCGCCGGCCGCCACGUCGUCCCCCCGCCCCAGCCCUGCCCCCCUGGGCCUGAUCUGCGAUGCCAGCGCUGUGUCCCCUGCGUCAGGGCGCUCCCCUGGGGCCUGCUCGCUGCCAGGGCACCUGGAGGAGGAGGAGUGGGAGCUGGACGUCAAGCGCAUUCCCCGUGCGUCCGAGACAGCCGCUGGCUCAGGAGCUGCUCCGGCUCUGGGGGAGCCAUCCCCCAGGUGGGCAGAGUCGCCAGGGGGUUCUGCCCCAGUGCAGCGCCGGCCAAGCUGGGUCUGGAGCCUGCACAGGAAGCUGUUUGCCUCUCGUGGCUGCAUGAGGCAGGAUCGGAGCCCUGGGGCCGCCAGGAAUAGGACAGUCUGAGCCUCUGGCAGACCCCUGGCACCGCACCCCACAGGCUGUACCCCACGGAUCCUCCCCUCCCCACCCACUGCAUGGAGCCACCAGACGACCCCCAGCCACUGCCCCAUGGGGCCUCCCCUUACCCUUCAUGGGACUACUAGGGCCCUGUAGCUACGAUGUGGGGUGGGGGAUGGGUAUCAGUGGAGGGCACAGUGCCCCAUGGCCUGGGAGGGGAAAGACAGUGAUGAUGUGGGCAGGAAACCCGUCUGGCCUGGGCGUCAGAGCAGCGGGGCUGGCCUGGGGCUAGAAGGGCAGUGAUAGCUGCACCCUUAGUACGGCGUGGGACUUGCCCCAGCACCAGCACCUGGCUAGCACGAGGACCCCGCUCUCAUGGACCCCGAGUGUGCCCACCCGUGGCCCCGCACACUCACCGAGCUCCCUGUGCAUGUGCACAGACCCCAUGAGGAUUGCCACUCAUGUGCAUACUGAUCUCUGUCUCACCCAGUCGUGACUCCACGUGCCACAAUCCCUUCACGUGCCCACGCCCGCAUUGAUCCCUGUCUCACCCAGCCAUGCCUCCAUGUGCCACAACCCCUUCACGUGCCCACGCCCACACACACACUGAUUCCUGUCUCACCCAGCUGUGUGUCCACAUGCCACAACCCCUUCACUUGCCCACACCCAUGCACACACUGAUCCCUGUCUCAGCCAGUCGUGACUCCACGUGCCACAACCCCUUCACAUGCCCACACCCACACACACACUGAUCCCUGUCUCAGCCAGUCGUGACUCCACGUGCCACAACCCCUUCACGUGCCCACGCCCACACACACACUGAUCCCUGUCUCACCCAGCCGUGUCCCCACAUGCCACAAUCCCUUCACGUGCCCACGCCUGCAUUGAUCCCUGUCUCACCCAGCCAUGCCUCCACGUGCCACAACCCCUUCACGUGCCCACGCUCACGCACACACUGAUCCCUGUCUCACGCAGCCAUGCCUCCACAUGCCACAACCCCUUCACUUGCCCACACCCAUGCACACACUGAUCCCUGUCUCAGCCAGUCGUGACUCCACGUGCCACAACCCCUUCACAUGCCCACGCCCACACACACACUGAUUCCUGUCUCACCCAGCUGUGUGUCCACAUGCCACAACCCCUUCACUUGCCCACACCCAUGCACACACUGAUCCCUGUCUCAGCCAGUCGUGACUCCACGUGCCACAACCCCUUCACGUGCCCACGCCC